AUGACACUGCGGAUCCUGCUGCUGGCGGGACUGCUGGCCGCAUCAUGCUGUUCCGGUUCCGACAUACUGAUGAUCACGAUGGGUGGCACCAAAUCCCACAAGAUCCCGUUCCUGGAGCUGGCAAAGGGGCUCAUUCCACGUGGCCAUAAUAUAACGUUUCUGAACGGGUUUCCGGCUGACUUUACGCUGCACGGUCUGCAAGAGGUAACACCAUCCGGGCUGGUCGAGUACAUUCGGAACUACACGAACUGGGAUCUGCUCGGUGCACGGAUGCGCGGUGAUAUGCCCCUGUCCCUGUGGGAUGCUUUCCGAUAUUCAUGGCAGGUGUGCGAUGCGACGCUAGAGGACAAGGAAACGAUGGACCUGCUAGGCCGAAAGUUUGACCUAUUGAUCUUGGAUGGAGCGUUCCCGGAAUGUGCGCUGGGAUUGGUAUACCGACUUGGCGUGCCGUUCAUGUACAUCAACACCGUCGGGUUCUACACUGGGACGAUGGCGUGGGCCGGAAAUCCGGUACCAUACUCUACGACACCGGUCUUCUACCGGCCGGCUACGGAUGACAUGAACUUCUUUGAGCGCCUAUCAAACACAUUCCACACGCUGAUAGCUGAUGCCGUCUACACACCCUCGAUGAUGUACCUACAGCACAUGGUUCGCCGUCAUCUCGGUUCCGAUGUGCCGAACAUUUGGAGCCUGGGACGCAACGUUAGCUUUAUUCUGCAGAAUGGACAAGCCACCGUUACCUAUCCCCGGCCGCAGCUACCGAACGUGGCAGAAAUCGCGUGCAUUCACUGUAAACCGGCGUCUUCGUUACCGAAAGACCUGGAAGACUUCAUUGCCGGUGCGGGUGAAUCCGGCUUCAUUUACGUCUCGAUGGGUUCCUCCGUGAAGGCGGCCAACAUGCCGGACCACCUGCGCAAGCUGCUGGUGCAGACGUUCGCUCGCCUACCGUACCGGGUGCUGUGGAAGUACGAGGCGAGUCCGGCACUGCUCACCGAUCUGCCGACAAACGUACGAAUUGCCCGGUGGUUACCGCAGCAGGACAUUCUCGGCCAUCGGAAGCUGCGUGCAUUCGUAACGCACGGUGGGUUGCUCAGCAUGUUCGAAACCGUGUACCACGGUGUGCCGAUCGUGACGAUGCCGGUGUUCUGUGACCAUGACGCGAAUGCAGCGAAAGCCGUCACCGAUGGCUAUGCGCUCAGGCUGGAGCUGGAGACGAUAACGAGCGAAAAGUUGAUACGCGCCAUCCACAAGGUUAUCCACGAUCCCAGGUACCGCCGGGAAGCGAAGCGACGACAGAUUCUACUCAAAGACCAAAGAUCUACACCGCUCGAGACGGCCAUUUACUGGACGGAGUACGUGAUCCGUCACAAUGGUGCCUAUCAUUUGCAAUCCCCGGCACGCAAUUUAAACUUCCUGCAGUACUACUGCCUGGACCAGAUGCUAUUUUUCAUCGGAGUCGUUUACCUACUGCGCGCACUGACCCGACUGUAUCUGAAUUCGCGGAUAGUUCAUUUGGGCAAGGAAAAACUUCACUGA